UUGAUUUGUUUUAGUUUGACCCUUACGGUAGUUUAGCCCGAAAUUUAUUAGACUUGCAUGAAAAUCAUACACUCUUAGCAAUUCUAUGAGGAUUAUUAUGCCACCACGUGAGUUUGAGUUGGCAAAAAACAUAGGUGCCCAUAAUACUAAUACAUCUUUGGGUUAAUAAAAAAAACAUCUCGGGGGUAAGGUAAGAAAAGAGGGGUCAUUUUCAGCCAGCCAAAAAGUAAAAGUUGCUUUUAAAAAAGUUAUUUUUUAAGCCAUAAUGGGAUAAAGUUUUUGAUUGCAUGUCUUAUCGUGGGUUUUAUCUUGAAGCGAUAUAAGUGAGAAGGGAUCCAGGAGUGUUUUAUUUGUAGGUGAGCUGGGUAAUGUAAGUCUAUCAGGUUUCAAUCAGGUUCUUAUUUGCUCCUGGGAACUGACAGGUUUCAAUAACUAUAAGGAAUGGCUGUGGCAAAUUUCCCUGCACUACAGUUCAAGACUUGUGAUGUUUUUGGUUCCAAUUCAAAAUGUUUCAACUUCCUUCCUUUACAAAACAGAAAUCUUUUUGUGAAGACAUUAGUCAUUGAAGCAAAGGCAAAUACUAGAACAGAUAGCGCAAAAGUUAGGAACAGAAGAAUGCGAAAGAAGUUUAAUGGCACAUCUAGAAGACCAAGACUGUCAGUGUUCUGUUCAGACAAGCAGUUAUAUGCUAUGCUGGUGGAUGACAAAAACAAGAAGUGUUUAUUUUACGGAAGCACUUUGCAGAAAUCUAUUCGUGAUGAUCCCACUUGCACCACCAGUGAAGCAGCUAAACGUGUUGGUGAAGAGCUUGUCAAGGCUUGUGUUGAUCUUAACAUAAACGAAAUAUCAUAUUAUGAUCGCAAUGGAUUUGCACGCGGGGAAAGAAUGCAAGCCUUUGAUAUUGCCAUAGCUCAUCAUGGGUUCUUGCCACGAUAGAAAUGAAUCCAAUGUUCUGUCAACCCUUGUUUCAAUAUUAGUAAUCAAGCAAUGUUUCUCCAAUGUAGGAACUGGGAACUCAGCUUAUCUUUUUCAAGAUUUGUCGACUGUUAGCUUGCCCAUGAUCAGUUAGAUGGAUGCUUCACCUGUCUAGCCGAUAUAAAUGCCUAGAGAAGGUUGGUAGGACUGCUAAACUAUAUUAAUGAAGCAAACCAUCUUUUAUGUAUUGGUUUUUGGCAUAGAAAACUAUGAUUUCAACGUAGGAUCUUUAUCCGAACUCCAUAUCCUUAUCAUCUGAGUUGAGUUUAAACUGAUUUUUACUAAUUACAAUUGGAUUCGAUGAAAACAAAGUGUGAAAGGGACAUGAAAUAGUCGAAAGAGCGUUGCUACAUGUAAUGAAUGUCAACAAAUUGUGGCAACGCUAAUUAU